AUGGUGUCAGCUGGAGAUUUUGCUUACAUUCCAGUUGUAGUCUUCACAAGUUAUUUUGGAGGCAAAGGAAAUCGAGCUAGGUGGAUAGGAGGAGGAUGUAUUCUCAUCUCGAUAGCAAAUCUCAUGAUAGCUUCUUCAAAUUUCUUAUUUCCUGUAGAAAAGUUUGAUGUGAACGACAGUUAUAUAAAGCCUGAUCUAACUUAUGAAAUCAACAGAUAUGUCUUGAACGCUACUUUCUCAGUAGAUUCAGAUCAAUGGUUCUACAACACUAUUAAGGAUUUUGAUGUUAAUAAGGAUAUUUUGAAUGCAGAGGCUUUAGAGAAAAACGCUAGUGAAUAUUUCCAUUUGUAUAAAGAAUAUUGUGAUGAAAACGCAGAAACUAAACUUUGCCAAGAUAUCACAGAAACGUUUAUAAGUUCUUAUAUGGUUUCACCUGACGAUCUCUCUUCUGUCAGAAUUGUAUCUUCCCUUCCUUACGCUUUCUGUCAUCGGUCCAUUAACUCCAUGAGACAAAAUCACAUUGCUGAUGAAUGCAAGCAGGAGAAACAAGGAUUGGGACCUUUCAUUAUGAUUUUCUCUGGUUUACUGGUUCUCGGAGUUGGAAGAACAAUGCCAUUUUCUCUGGGUUUACCUUUGAUGGAUGAUAAUGUGAAGAAAACUAAUCUCCCUCUUUACUUUGCUUGUAUGUUCUUUGUUAAAAUUUUGGGUCCUGUCAUCGGAUUGCUCGUUGGAAGUAAACUGAACUCAAUCUAUUACACAUUCUCACCUCCUGAAGGAUUACGACCAGAAGAUCCAAUGUGGAUUGGAUGCUGGUGGCUCGGAUUUUUAAUUUUCGGAUGUGUUUUAUUCUUCCCAUCAGUAGCCUUGUUCUUCUUCCCCUCAGACGAUUUGGAAGAGAAAGACGAAGAAACUGUUCAAAAUCCCGAUGCAAGUCCCAUGCUUGAAUCUGCUCCAAAAAAAACUAAGAAACUGAAUUUGAGGGAUCGCCACGUCAAGAAUGAUGAUCAUACAACACUUUCAGAAAAAGUUGGAGAAUUCAAAGUUACUGUAAAAGCUUUGUUCAAAAACCCAAUUUUCGUUGGUGCCAUGCUUGGACGUAUAGUAGAUGUUUUGGCUUUCAAAGGCUUCUUUGUUUUCCUUGGAAAGUAUCUAGAAAUACAAUUCGGAGUUCCUCAACAUCGAAUUCAAAAAUGGCAAGCCGGCUCUGGUAUUAUUGGCUUUGCUGCGGGAGUCAUGAUUGGUAGUAUCGCUAUGAAAAAAUUCCGAUUACAAGGACGAAAAGCAGCUACAUGGGUGGCCGUUUGUUCAAUGGUAGCAGCAUUUUUAUCAUUCCUCAACGGAGGAGUUGGCUGUCAAUCUGUCAUUCAUUUGAUAAAAGAACAAGCACAAGCCAAUAACUUCACAUUCCCCUCGUGUAGACCAGAUUGCAUGUGCGAUCAAAUGCCAUUUUACCCUGUUUGCAAUACGAAAGGAGAAGUGUUCUACUCUCCAUGCCAUGCCGGAUGCCCACUACAAAAUCCUUUCCACAAGAAUGAUAUGGUCAGUUUUGAAGGAUGUGAUUGUGCUGGAACGGAAGAUUUGUCAGUGAGCAGAGCAAACUGUGAAACAGAUCAUUGCAACUCGCAAUUCAAGCUAUACUUCUUGAACCAAGCUAUUGGUGCUAUUUUCGGUGGUAUGGGUGUAGUACCUGGAAUGCUUAUCAUUUUGAGAGCUGUACCACCUGAGCAUCGUAGUAUCUCCUUAGGUUUCAACGGACUUCUUGUUAGUUUACUAGCUACGCUACCCUCUCCUAUAUUCUGGGGUAAAAUAAUUGAUAUGAGUUGUGUCAUGUGGCAAAAUAUUUGUGGAAAUACAGGAGCAUGUCCCAUAUACGAUACAGAUGGUUUAAGAAUACGAUUACAUUUUAUUUAUGGAGGCUUACGUGUAUUUUCAUUAUUAUCUGAUAUAUGGGUGAUAUAUUGGGCUAAAGGAUUAAAGCUAGUAGACGAAGAGGAAGAUGAAGAAGAAAAAGAAAAAGAAGCUGAACAAGACGCAUCUACAAAAGUUAUAACACCCCGAAAAGGUAGUGCCAUGCUUGUAGCUGAUACAGAAUAUCCAGUUAAAUGUUAA